GCAAAGCGCGCUAUACGCCUGUGGGGCCAAGGUCUGGAACUGGCGGGCGAGGAGUUUCGGGUGCGCGUAGCCAAGUCCACCCGUAGCCAGAAGGGUCCAGGCAAAGGUGCUGGCAAAGGGGAAGCAGAAGAGUUGGCAGCAUCUACACAUGACAAGGGCGAGGAACCGGACGUCGUUUGCCUCCUCUGCGGCGAUGCGAGCCACGUCUUGAAAUCCUGCAAGUUCCAAAGCCGCGGUCUUCGCAUCAGUUGCUCUGCUUUGGAAGGCAAAACCUUAGAAGAGGCCAAGGAAGAGGUGUCGCAGACUUUCAAAGUCCUGGAUGCUGCGCUUGUCCCGGACAAGGCCCGCUGGCAUGGUCUCCACCUCAGAACAGGGGAAAGCGCGCUGUGGCUUUAUCCGCCGUUUGCCCGCAAGACCUUGGCACAUGACUUUGGAAAAGUAAACACGUGCCUUCAACAAAGUUUCUUCCACCAAUGUGGAUAUUUGCUGCUGGGCCCUCCCUUUCAUGUGCCUAUCGGCAUUUAA